AUGGGCACCUCCAUCACUCAAAACUUCGCGGGCUUGGUGAGUGUUCGAUUCAUAUUGGGGGGUUUGAUGAGUGUGACCUCCCCGGCCUGGGUUCUGAUCACCUCAAUCUUCUACCGCCGAGAAGAGCAAGCCUUCCGCGUCAUGUUCUGGUGGAGUAUGAACGGCUUGUCCCUUGCCGUAGGUGGCAUCAUUUCUUUCUGCUGUGGUUACAUCGAAGUCAACAAUAUCUCGUCUUGGAAGUGGAUCUAUAUCAUUGAAGGAUCUCUUACCGUCCUCUGGGGCGUCGUCCUCUUCUGGGUCUUCCCCAUGUCGCCGCAAACCGCCAAAUUCUUCACGGCCGAGGAAAAGAAAUGCGCCGUCGCUCGUCUGGCAACCAACAAGACCGGAACCAAGGAACCCAAGAUCAAAAAGUAUCAGAUCAUCGAGGCCAUCGGCCCGCGCAAGGACCCCCAAGGUUGGCUCAUCUUCUGGAUCAUGUUCUUCAAUGAAUUCGUCAACGGCGGCUUCGGCAUUUUCUUCUCCCUCACCCUGAACCAGCUGGGAUACACGCAGCUCAUGAGCUCCGUAUUGGGUAUCCCCGUCGGUUUCUCUCAGAUCUUCUGGAUGGUCGGCGCUGGCGCGUUCACCCUGAAGUUCAAGAACGUCCGCAUCCUCAUGUGCCAACUGGCCCUUGUGCCCGCAUUUAUCGGCUUUCUACUCCAGAUUGCUAUCCCCGAGGAGAGGGCCGCGUUGCAAAGACCAUCGGCGUGUGCUUGUCACUCGGCUUCUCUCCCCGCCCAAAACGCAGGCGGCUUCACCAAGCGAACCACCCUGACCAGCUUGGGUUUCCUGGGCUCAUCGCUCGGAAACAUUGUUGGUCCCCACGUCUUCUAUGAAGGCCAAACCCCGCGCUACCUUACCGGCUACGUAUGCGAUUUGGUCUGCUUCGUUAUCCAAAUCAUUCUGUUGCAGAUUCUGAAGUGGUGCUAUAUGCGAGAGAAUAAGAGGCGUGAUGAAACAUAUGGCCCUCCGGUCGCUGAGGCUGGCGACGCCAUCACCGAUCUGACAGAUAUAGAGAACCACAACUUCCGAUUUAGGCCUGUAACAAUGAAUAACAUCAAUGAAACCUUGAUCUUCGAGGGAUGGCAACUGUCGCCGAUACCGACUGUUGGCGUUGCUGCUGCUGUUGCGGACUUCCGCGAGUGGGUAUCAAAAGUGGGUGAAAAAGCACAAAGCAUCACGACAUUUCUCACGUAA